GGAAGGAAAAUGUCCAGUGGGAUUUUUAGGGUCGUGCCCCACUCUGGAUCUGGGGGAUCGCUGCUCUUCCACAGCGUUGCUGCAAGGAAACCCCAGGACAUGGUGCAGGGUGAAGAGCAGAGCUGAAGACGCUCCCACCACUCACUCCACAGCCUGUCCCACCCUCCUGAGGACUCCAUGAGGCAGGACACGGGCUGAUGCUCUCACCCCGCCAUGGAUGGGGGGAACAGCUUCCCGCAGCACCAGCAGCCGGGCGAUGCCAUCCGCGGCAUCCCCGGCCUCCGCUCCCAGCUCGUCGUGCCAGACCUGGAGAAUCCCAUGCUGGCCGCCGACUCAUGGAGUAGCUGCUACCCAGUCUCUUUCCCAACCUCAUCCUUCCCAAGUGAAAACCAGCAAUAUUUUAGCCCCCCUCAGGAUUUUUAUAUGGAUUCCAUCAGCAGACCACAUUUCUUAGACACAAACUAUGCAGCUGUGGACUCCACUGACUUCUUAACAAAAAAUGGGGGUUUUCCUCAGGAUUCUUCAUACCUCGAUGAGCUCUCCAACAACAACUCCCUCUUCUCGUCCCCCCCGGAUUCCCUCUCCGAAAUCGCGGAUCCCAAGGAUUUCCUGCCCGCCGACAGCCUGAGCCACGUGCCAACACUAUGGGAUGUGAACACACCGCAGCAGAACCAGCUCAAGCUGUUCUCAGUCAGCACCACGUUCCCUGGCGUGAACAGCUCCAGUGACCACGUUUCUGCUGUCCCCAGCACGCCUCUCCUCAUCAGCUACCAGUCUCAGGCUCCUGCAGAGGAGGAAGAUGAAGGUGAGGAGGAAGAAACGGAGGAGUUGGGGCAGACGGAGACGUAUGCAGAAUAUAUCCCUUCAAAGUCCAAGAUUGGGAAGCACCAUCCUGACCUGGUGGUGGAGACGAGCACCCUGUCCAGCGUUCCCCCACCUGACAUUACCUACAGCCUUUCCCUUCCCUGCUCUGUGGCUGACAAAGGCUCCCUGUCUGCACUACAGCUGGAAGCCAUCAUCUACGCCUGCCAGCAACAUGAAGUUUUAUUGCCCAAUGGGCAGCGAGCUGGGUUUCUGAUCGGGGAUGGUGCUGGAGUCGGGAAGGGCAGGACUGUUGCAGGCAUCAUCUUUGAAAAUUAUCUUAAAGGGAGGAAAAAAGCUCUGUGGUUCAGCGUCUCCAAUGAUCUCAAGUAUGAUGCUGAGAGGGACCUGAAGGACAUCGAGGCCUCCCACAUUCCUGUGCAUGCUCUGAACAAGAUUAAAUACGGUGACACAGCUACCUCAGAAGGAGUCCUCUUUGCCACCUACUCAGCACUGAUCGGUGAAAGCCAGGCUGGGGGACAGCACAGGACGCGCUUAAAACAGAUUUUGGAGUGGUGCAGGGAAAACUUUGAGGGAGUUAUUGUGUUUGAUGAAUGCCACAAAGCCAAAAAUGCCAGCUCUACCAAAAUGGGCAAAGCAGUGCUGGACCUGCAGAACAAGCUGCCUCGAGCAAGGGUUGUCUAUGCCAGUGCCACAGGUGCCUCGGAGCCAAAAAACAUGAUUUACAUGAGCCGCCUGGGCAUCUGGGGGGAGGGGACCCCGUUCCGAGCCUUCGAUGAGUUCCUACACGCGAUUGAGAAGAGGGGAGUCGGCGCGAUGGAGAUCGUGGCCAUGGACAUGAAGGUCAGUGGGAUGUACAUUGCUCGGCAGCUCAGCUUCACUGGGGUGACCUUCAGGAUUGAGGAGAUCCCUCUGGACGAGCAGUACAAGGCUGUCUACGACAAGGCAGCCAAGCUGUGGGCAGAGGCCUUGAUGGUGUUCCAGCAGGCAGCUGACUGCAUCGGGCUGGAGUCUCGGAAGUCGCUGUGGGGUCAGUUCUGGUCGGCUCACCAGCGCUUCUUCAAGUACCUCUGCAUCGCCGCCAAGGUGCGGCGCCUCGUGGAGCUGGCUCAGGAGGAGCUGGCCAGGGACAAGUGCAUUGUCAUCGGCCUGCAGUCCACGGGAGAGGCUCGCACCAGGGAGGUCCUGGACGAGAACGAUGGGCGCCUCAACUGCUUUGUCUCUGCUGCAGAAGGCGUCUUUCUAUCACUAAUUCAGAAGCACUUUCCUUCAACCAAAAGAAAGAGAGAAAAAGGAACUGGCAUUAAAAGAAAACGGCGUCCCAGGGGCCGCUGCCCCAAGGCUCUGCGGGGCCCGUGUGACCAAGGGGUCGUCAUCAAGAUCAGCGAUGACAGCAGCACCGACUCGGACAUGGGGCUGGACAGCGACCUCACCUCCUCCCCGGAGUCCCUGUUAGAGACAGACGAUGUCAUCUUCGUGGAUCACACCUUCAGCGGCUGCCCUGGCGAGGACAGGGGUGGUUUCCACAUGCUGCCUUCCCAGAAAGAGCUGCACAACCUGAGAGAGCUGAAGGUCGAAAAGAUGAAACAGGACCUCCUAACAAAAGUGAAAGCACUGGGCAAAGAGCUACCUCUCAACACCUUGGAUAUACUGAUUGAUUAUUUUGGGGGCCCAGAAAAUGUGGCUGAGAUGACGGGCAGGAAGGGACGGGUGGUCCGCAGGCCCGACGGCUCCGUCGUCUUCGAGUCCCGCGCUGAGCAAGGGCUCUCCAUAGACCACGUCAACCUGAAGGAGAAGGAGCGUUUCAUGCAGGGGGAAAAGCUCGUAGCGAUAAUCUCAGAGGCCUCCAGCUCAGGGAUCUCCCUCCAAGCAGACAGACGGGUGAAGAACCAAAAGCGCCGGGUGCACAUGACCCUGGAGCUGCCCUGGAGCGCAGACCGAGCCAUCCAGCAGUUUGGCAGAACGCACCGAUCCAACCAGGUCUCUGCUCCCGAGUACGUGUUCCUCAUCUCGGAGCUGGCAGGGGAGAGGAGGUUUGCAUCCAUUGUGGCAAAACGCCUGGAGAGCCUGGGUGCCUUAACUCACGGGGACCGACGCGCCACCGAGUCCCGAGACCUCAGCAAGUACAACUUCGAGAACAAGUACGGGGCCAAAGCCCUGGACAAGGUCCUGAACACGAUCCUCAGCCACACGGAGAGCAGGGUUCCUGUGCCCAGCAGCUACGAGAGAGGCGAGGACACCUUCUUCCGUGAAAUGAAGGAAGGGCUCAUCUCCGUGGGCAUCUGCUGCAGCCAGAUGAAGUAUGGCACCGUCUCCGUGGAGAAGGACUGCUCCAUCACCAAAUUCCUGAACCGUAUCCUGGGCCUGGAGGUGGACAAGCAGAACAUGCUCUUCCAGUAUUUUUCUGACACCUUUGACUACCUGAUUGAGAAGGACAAGAAGGAGGGCAAAUACGACAUGGGCAUUCUCGAUUUAGCCCCAGGAGUGGAUGAGAUCUACGAGGAGAGCAAGGAGGUUUUCCUGACCCCGGGGCACCCGCAGGAUGGGCAGGUUGUGUUCUACAAGAUCAGCGUUGACAGAGGCUUAAAGUGGGAGGAAGCCUAUGAGAAGUCACUCAAACUGACAGGAACCUUUGAUGGGUUCUACCUCUCCUACAAGGUGCGAGGCAACAAAUACACCUGUCUGCUGGCAGAGCAGUGCCGUGGGAAGAACUUCAUCCUCUACAAGCCAAAUAUUGGGAAGCAAAGCCAGCUUGAGAGCCUGGACAGUCUGCAGAAGAAAUACCGACGGGUGCUGCCCGAGGAAGCCAAGGAGCACUGGGAGAGCAGCUACCACUUCUCCUUGAAGAAGUGUAACCAUGCCAUAUGGAACAAGAGCUGCAAGCAGAUCCAGGAGGGGAAGGAUUGCUUCCAGGGCAUGCGCCUGAGGCACUAUUACAUGCUGUGUGGGGCCCUGCUGCGCGUGUGGAGCAGGAUCGCCGGCAUCAUGGCAGACAUCACCAGCAGCAGCUACCUGCAGAUCGUGCGCCUCAAGACCAAGGAGAAGAAGAAACAAGUCGGGAUAAAGAUCCCCGAGAGCUGCGUCCACAGGGUGCGGGAGGAGCUGAAGCAGAUGGACGAGGACGUGAAGAGGAAGCAGAGCCGGCUGCUCCAGGCCCAGGAGCAGAGCUCACCCUUCUCCCUGCCACUGCACAUCCUGCCAGGGCCUGGGCUGCCCCUGCCCUCCCUGUGCCAGGACGAGAUCCUGGACUUGACCUACAGCCCUCCCAGCAACAGCAUUCCUGACUUGGUGUUGAACGCAGAGGCCAGAGCGCCCUGCUUCUCCUCGGAGCCCCCGCUGCAGCCCCAGCAGCAGCACAGAUUGUCCUUCGGCUUUGGCCACGCUGGCCUGGAGGGCAGCACAGCCCCCGGCCCCUCGCUGCAUGAGCCCCCCGCCCUGCCCCCCGCAGCCCCCCUGCAGCAGCCACAGGAGGAUUUUCUCCAGCAGGAGAAUAUCAAUUUUAGAGAGGUGCUGGAGGACAUGCUGAGGACGAUCAACGGGCCCUCCCAGAACGUGCUCCCCCCGGAGCGCCAGAGCGUGAUCCAGUUCAGCGGGCCGUUCUCAGACUUCUGAAUGCCAGCUGGGAACGCUGCUGUGGAUCUGUGUUCUCUGCUGCACAGGUGAGAGCUGAGGAGCCGUGACUUUUCUGUUGGUUUGGACUGACCCUGCUCUGGAUUUGAGGGAAGAAAAAGCCUGGAGUUCCUUAAAGCGAAUUUUAUUUAUAUAUCCUAUUUAGUCAGGCAUGUGCAGGUUUGUAUGGAACAGGCCCAGGAGGAGCUGAGCGGGUCCUGCUGGGCCCAGGGGCUCUGCUGAGUCCUGCUCACAGGUCAAUCCCAAGUGGGAUUGAGGGGAGACCCCUCCUGUGCCCACCCCCU